AUGUCCGAUAAUCGUUUCAGCAGCUCCGAAAAGAAUAGCGAGUCGAAAUUUACGGAUGCUGAGCGUCAAGAUCGAGAAGUUGACGAGCUCUACCAAAUGUUCCAAGAAAAGAUAAAGAACGAAGAAAACGGGCUUCUCCCUUUGGCGACUUUUAAGGAAGACGAGAUUCACUUUGAUGAGCAGAUUGCAAGAGAAACUUACGCGAAUCGAGUUUAUCAUGGAAAAAAGAUCAGUCUUGUGACGGUCAUGGGUCCAUCAAGGAUGGGCAAGAGUUUCUUGAUGUCAUUUUUGACUGGUGGAAUGAAAGGAAACAAAAUUAGUGGUGCUUUUCAAAGCGGCUACGAGCGGUACACAGAGGGAAUUCUGAUCUUCAGGAAUCCGAUGAUCUCGAAUGAUGGAACACACGUGAUUUUCUUUCUGGACACUCAGGGGACUUUCGAUUUGCAAACGGCGAGGAAUAUCUCGGCGUGGAUCGCUGGGUUUAGUCUACUCAUCUCUGAUGUUCAGAUUGUUAAUCUUCGAGGAAAUAUCGGCGGCGAUGAUCUUCACGAUUUGAAUUUAUUUGUUGAAACAGCCGCUGCUUUUAAAGAAGGCUUAGUGGCAAAGAGUCUAAUUUUCGUGAUUCGCGAUGCGCCUGAUUGGAAAGAGAGCGAUUUUCUCGAGAAAUUAUGGAAACAAAAUGAGAAGUCGAAAGAAAUGAAAGAAAUCGCUGGGUCGUUGAAAAAUCGCUUUAAAAAUGGAAUCGAUUGCGUUUGCGUGGCGCCAGCUUCGGAUCGGAUUCGACGAGCUGAUCGAACGAUUGAGUUACAUGAUGAGGAUCAAGCACUGAUCCAGUGCCUUAAACGAGUUCAAGACUUGAUCUAUGAAAAGUGUCAGCUUGAGAGCAAAGCUCAACUACAAGCUCCGAUCGAACUAGCCAAAAAAAUCACGGCUUAUCUCCGAGACGAAGCGCCGGAGCUGAGACCAACUGUUCAGGUAAUCCAAGAAGCCACCGUAAUCCAAGCAGUGAACAAAGCAUUUGAUGCCUUUGUGAAAGCAAUCAAGACUUCGACUCCAGAAACUUUGUCAAUGGCCGAAGCUUUAGCGAAGGCUGAAGUUCAUCAAAAAUUGGAAACCCUGUUGCUGAAAAAGGAAAAUCUCAUUGCUGAAGCUCACGCUUUGUUGAAUCCAAAGAUAGAGGAAAUGAUUCUGGAGAAGAAAAACGAGUUCGCUCAACUGAAAAAGGAGAAAGACGAGUUGAAAGCGGCUGAGAAGUCUGCACAAGAAUUUAGAAUGAAAAUUCACAAGAUUUCAACUCUAAAAGAGGCUUUGGAGUGGGAAAGGAAUUCAAUUAUUGAGAAAAACGAUAGCUUUACGAUUCCAUCAACGAUCAUUCAUUCAAUGAAGGAAGCGCUGAGCACUAAAAUUAUCACCCUUAAAUCGCAAUUCAUUCAAACUCGACUCAAUGAGCUGAACAAUGAACUCCGAGUUUACUUGCUCACGACCAACUUUGGCAAUGUUCCAGAAGAAGAUCAGAUCAAAAUUCACAUUAAAAAAAUGAUUGAAUCUUUCAAAAUCGAGUGCUUUGAAAAUGCUAUCGAAAGUGCAGAGUUUAACACAAUCAAAGAAGUGAUUCAAAGCACUUUAGAGAAAACGGGUUUCACUUGCCGAAACAUGCUUGUCUUAAAGAAGAUCGCAGAGAUCAAAAAAGCCGAGCUCGAAGCUGAAGUGGCUGCCGAGAUCCAGAUUCACGGAGUGCUUCAUUGCCAAUCAACUUUCCACGCCCAGACUCAUCAGAAUACGAUGAAAUCUGCGACACAGAGAUCGACCGAUAUGUCUCGAAAACGC